AUGCGUUUCUCAUCUUAUGCUCUUCCCGCUUUGGCGGCCAACUUGGCUGCUGCCAUGCCCAGACCUCAAGAUAUCGAUCUUGAUAUGGUCUUGGCUGCCCCGGAUCCGACAUACUCGGAAGCUGUUGGUGCUACUGCUCAGACAAUCACCGUCGNNACCCCCAAGCUCUCAUCGCUUCGGCCACCGCUGCUGUAUCUUCUGUCAGCGUCGAAAUCAGCGAUGUUCUGUCCCAGACUGCUGUACCUGCUGGAGCCAGCUCCGCCCCUACCUACGCACCCGGAGCAGACANCUGACAACGUCUCUGCCUUCCGUGCAAACACUUACUACUCCUCCGUUGCUGCUGCCGCGCCAACUCCCUCUGGCUAUACCCAAUCCUUCAAGGCUCAAACAGCUUCCAACAAUGCGUUUGACACCUUCGACACUUACGACGUCAACACUUGCGCACAGCGAUGCACUGCCAAAUACGGCUGUGUCUCCUUCAACAUGUACUUCGAACGUGAUCCUUCUGUCACUCAGGACAACGCUCAAAACGUUGGCCAGAUGCGCGGUAACUUCCAGGUCGCAAUCGCUGGAUCCAACGGAUACGUGACUACCCAGAUCUCUACUCCUGCUGGCUACCAGAAUGGUGUGCCUUUCGGCAAAUUUGCCAUCAACGCACCUUACGACGCCCAGGGCUACAACACCUACAUGGGAGCCAAGAUCUUCACUGGAACUUGGGACGUCUCGCAAUGCUCCAACUACUGCGAUGCUCAGACCAAAUACAAUAACGCCACAGCUCCUAAGGACGGCACUCCUUUCAAGGUCUGCAGGUUCUUCAACACUUACCUCCUGCAAGCCAAGUUGGCCAAUGGCACCAUCGUUCCUCAGGGUCAAUACUGCUCGCUCUACACUGAAGCUUGGCCUAUCAAGUACGCUGUCAACGGCGGUCAGUGGAGAGGUCAGGAUCAGUACACUGUCGACUACAGCUUCGGUUAUGCCAAGACUGACGCUGGUGUCGACCCUACUGUCGGUGACACUACCGGUGCUGUGUACCAAGCUCGUCAGGACAUGACCUACUCUCCAUCCUCCUUGACUGCUGUUUUCCAGCCCUUCUGCUCUAGCCUUCUGGGUUACAGCGCCCCCAUUGCUUCUGCCACCGCUCUGACCACCACCACACCUGUGGUUACAAGUACCGUAUUUUCGACCAUAACCGCUGCAGCCAACGCGAAACGCGCCGCCGGAUCUUUGUCCACUCCCGCCGUUCUUACCAAGUACCCUUCUUCCAUCUUUAGAAGCGCUUGCAGUCUUAUUGCAACAUCCCCCACCGUGACCUCGACCAUCACCGUAGCCACAUCCACUGUCACUGCCGCGGCACAGACUACCUUGGUUUCGGUCAUCUCAACCGUGACGCCUUCCACACAGUAUGCGCCAGCAUGUCCAGCGACUGGGCAGCAGCUCAAAUUUGUCUGCGGUUCAACAGACAAGGUGACAGUGGCUGGAGUCAUCCAACUGUUGGAUGCAAGCACUUCGGCCGUGCUUGGGUAUCUGGGAAAGGAUACUUCUCAGUCCGGAGGGUACAUGUACAAUGAGGAUUCUCUGGACAACGCCCUGAUCGUGCAAUUGGCAUACACUUCGACCGACUGCACAAGUGUAUCUGGCCUCGCUUUGACCAUGCAGAACUCCGCAUCAGAUCCCUCAGGCGGAAAUUAUCUGGGCCUCAUCGGGGGUUCUGGUGGGUACUCUUCCAUGGGUCCUGGCCAUGUAGACAAGGCUCAGAACGUUAAUACUGGAGCUACCGCUCUUGGCUACAACGGACCUGCCGAGGCUUCAAUCCCUGGUUAG